GCCAGCGCCGGGAGCCCCCCGCCCCCGGCGCAGGCCGAGGCCGUGCAGUCGCCGCCCGCCCCCGCGGCCUGGCCGGACAGCGUCUGGCCCGGCUCCCCGCAGCGCGCCGCCACGCCCUCGGGCGCCGGCGGGCAGACGCCGCCCCUGGGCUGGCCCGGCGCCCGCGGCGGCGCGGGCCUC